GAGCUCCAUCUCAUCCAACUACCACCACUAUUCCCAAAAAUGCCACCAAACCUACCCCUUAGUGGUGGGCCACAACCGAAAAUUUUGCUUACCAGCUCCCACCAAACCCACGCCGGAAAACCAUUUCAGGGUUGGUGAAUCUCUCUCUCUACAAGGACUCCCCACGACUUUUAAAAACCCACACUCCCCUUCAACAAUAACACAGACAGUCAUGUCGUCGGAAUCCGAAAUUUCGGCCAAUUUCUGGGGCGAUAUGCCGGAGGAGGAGUACUAUGCCUCCCAAGGGGUGCGCAACACCAAAUCAUACUUCGACACGCCCAACGGCAAGCUCUUCACCCAGAGUUUCCUACCCUUGGAUCUCCCUGUCAAGGCCUCCGUCUACAUGACCCACGGCUACGGCUCCGACACCGGCUGGCUCUUCCAGAAGAUUUGCAUCAACUACGCCACCUGGGGCUACGCAGUCUUCGCCGCCGACAUCCUCGGCCACGGCCGCUCCGACGGUAUCCGCUGCUACCUCGGCGACAUGGAGAAGGUCGCCGCCACCUCCCUUUCCUUCUUCAAGAGCGUCCGCACCAGCGAAUCCUACCGCGACCUCCCUGCUUUCCUCUUCGGCGAGUCCAUGGGUGGGGCUACCACCAUGCUCAUGUACUUCCAAUCGGAGCCGGAGCUGUGGACAGGCCUGAUCUUCUCAGCCCCACUUUUUGUGAUGCCGGAGAACAUGAAGCCGUCGAAGGUGAGGCUAUUCCUGUACGGACUUCUGUUUGGGAUGGCUGACACGUGGGCGACGAUGCCGGACAACAAGAUGGUGGGGAAGGCGAUCAAGGAUCCGGAGAAGCUGAAGGUCAUAGCGUCGAAUCCACGGCGGUACACGGGUCCGCCAAGGGUGGGGACGAUGAGGGAGCUGGCUAGGGUGUGCCAGUACAUACAAGAUAAUUUCUCGAAAGUGACGGCGCCGUUCUUGACGGUGCACGGGACGGCGGAUGGGGUGACGUGUCCGACGUCGUCGAAGCUGCUGUACGAGAAGGCUUCGAGUGAGGACAAAGCAUUGAAGUUGUAUGAGGGGAUGUACCAUUCUUUGAUACAGGGAGAGCCUGAUGAGAAUGCCAAUCUGGUGUUGAAGGAUAUGAGGGAAUGGAUUGAUGAGAGGGUUGAGAGAUACGGACCCUCCAAAUCCUAGAUUCCGCAUUCAUCCCAUUUUGGAUUAUGGUAAUGUAAUCGUAAUAAUCUAAAUUCGUGUUUCAAAAUUAUUCUAUCCAAAAUUUUCUCACCCCAAUCACAUUAAAAGAGCUGACAUUUUACUCGCAAUCGAUCAUUGCUUGUAACAUUUUUCACUCUGAAUGAUUCCAACUUACCGUUCUUGCUUCUAA